AGCCCCACGUCUCCAGUGUACUGUAGUAGUCAGCCGAUGAACUGUGGCCGUUUUGAAAUGAACCCCAUAGACAGUCUGAGUCCGUUUGGUAGCAGGAUGCACCGUUCACACACACUGUUGGUUUGUUUUACAGUCACUCUCGCCGUCCCGAUAGUUGCUGGGGACGCCACAUUUGUUCGGACAACACUUCAAGAACAUUUUUCAGAGGCCAGGCAUCACGUGACCAAUCCAGAUUAUAAACUCAAAACCAAAGAGUUUAUUUCAACGGAAUUCAGGAAUUAUGGCCUAGAAACGCACGAGCAUUCCUUUACAGGUGAAAACCAGGUGGCUGCUGUCAAUGUUAUCGGCAUUCUGAGGGGUUCGAUGUUCAACACCAGUGAUGACAGGGUGUUCGGUAUCGCGGCUCACUACGACACAAUGAGAAACACAUCAGGUGUCGAUGACAACGGAAGUUCAAUGGCGGCAUUGCUAAGUGCUGCUAAAGCUUUGUCGACAAGUCAAAGGAACUAUACCUUCAUGUUUGUCGCGUUUGACCUGGAGGAAUGGGAAGAUGAUGCUGACAAGGCAUGUGCCGUUCUUGGAUGCGGAAGUGAUGCCUUCAUACGAGACUGGAUCCCUACCUACUGGACCACAACCCCCGACUUUGCCGGCUUCAUCGUUAUGGACACUAUCAUGAACUUCAACGAGACCGUGGAGUCUCAGGUACUCCCUGGACCUUUUGUAAAGCUGUUUCCUGAAGCCAUCCGGAGCAUCAAUUCUGAUGACCGUCAGGGGGGACUUUCUGGCUUGCAUCACACGCGCCUACGAUGCUUCCUUGGCUCGGGUAUUCCAAGAGGCAUUCAACCAGUCUGGCGAUGCCAAGUUUGAACUGGAGGUUUUGGACAUUAAAACUUUAACGGAGCAGACACUCUCGGCUCUGGACGCCUCUAUUUACAGGGAUGCUCUCCGUAGUGACCAUGCGCAGUUUUGGAAAAAGGGAAUAAAGGCAAUAUUUCUGACAGAUACGGCGAGCUACCGAGGAUAUAUGCAGUCAUGCUACCAUCAACAAUGUGACGAUAUGAGUCGUGUUACCAACAACAUGAUUUUGUCAGUUGUCAAGACAGCACGUGCACUCGUAGCAACCGGAAACAAGAUGGCGCCUGCACUUCCUGUCACGUCCACAACUGCAUCUCCUGGACCAACAGGAUCCGGCGAGCGCUUGGGGAUUUCCAAUAUUCUGGGGCUUGUUCUGAUGCUCUCGGUAUUGAUCCACGUGUAGGAACAUCAACUGAUCUUCAUUACGUUAUGAUGCAACAAGGGCAACAAGGGCAACCCCACCGCCCUCAGAAGCUGGUUUAUUUCGAUUAUUUACACACGCUGUCAUUGCGGCGUUUAACAACAAUCAACCAAUGUUGACAGAUAGAUCCUUUCCCCUUUAAUUAAUUGACACCAUUGUGGGUUCGAAUCCCCGAUUCUAUCUAAAUAUGAUCCUUAUUUUGUUUAUCAUAAUCGUAAAAUUUCCAUUGAACGACUACAUAAAAUAAAAAGCUUCACAGAAA